CACUUCACCAAUUCCAUUCGAAUUUCAGUCGAACGCCCGUUGCCAGCCAUGGCGCUCCCGGCAGGAGCUCGUUGCUGGGCGCUCCCUGCGGAUGGUCGAGCCGUCCAUGCGUGCCCCUCUGCUCGAGCGGCCCCCGAAGCUGCGAAUGUCGGAGGGCACUUGUGUCGCGAUCACGGGAGAGCGCGAAGAGGAGCACGCCCUCUUGGAGAUGGAGUCCGUUCUUCCUGCGUCUCGGUGCGGCCAAUCUUCUUCGGAGGCACUUCGGAGGGGGCGGCGGCAUCUGCCAGGAGGAGGACUCUCGUCCAGUGCUCUGAGGCUUCUUCUUCUUCUUCUGCUGCAGGGGUUCGAGAGGGGAAUUCCGAGCUCUUCUCAACGAACUCGUUCACAGAUGGGAGGUGGGAGGCAAUUUUGAGCCGGUUGGAGUUAGUGUUUAAAUCAUCCCCGGAAACUUCGUUGAUUGAGGGGCGUUGGGUGAAGCUUAUUUGUGGAGCCAGCUUUGAGGACAUUGCAGAUGUGCGGAAUUUGUCGCUAAUCUACGCGUUAGCCGGUGUUGAUUGCAUUGAUUGUGCCGCGGAUUCGGCGAUUGUUGCGGCUGUUUUAGAAGGAAUAAAUGCUGCCGAGCAAGUUUUGCAAACCAUAGGUAGUGGCAUAGCGCGCUCAUUCAAAAAGCCAUGGGUUAUGAUCAGCAUAAAUGAUGACGAAGACCCUCAUUUCCGGAAAGCAGAAUUCGAUUCGCUUGAAUGCCCCACGAACUGCCCACGCCCAUGUGAACGAGUAUGUCCUGCUUCGGCUAUAAAGUUUCAAGACUCGAAUCAGAAAGCCUCUUCUAACCACCUGGACGGUGGCGUAAUUGUUGAUCGAUGUUAUGGUUGUGGUCGAUGCCUUCCAAUAUGCCCUUUGGGUCUCAUUAGUGCCAUAUCUUAUGUGCGACCUUUGGAGACCGUGGCCAGUUUGUUGCGUAGUGAAGAUGUGGAUGCAGUUGAAAUACAUACAAGAGCUGGACAUUUGAGCUCCUUUCGAGAGUUAGUUUCCCAGCUGGGAAAUGCUUUUUCGUCUCUGAAACUUGUAGCUGUCAGUGUACCUGAUUUAGAGGAGUUAAUGAUUCCAACUCUAAACGCCAUGUAUACGUCUAUGAAACCUUUCGUGAAGAAUCUCAAUCUCUGGCAGUUAGAUGGGCGGCCGAUGAGUGGAGAUAUUGGAGUUGGUGCCACAAGAGCAGCCGUAAUGUUGGCUCAAAAGGUGGUUUCGUCUUCAGAGAGACCUCCAGGUUUUAUUCAACUUGCUGGAGGAACGAAUGCGCAUACUGCAACAGCUUUAAAGAACGUGGGCUUGCAACGCUGCAUAACAUACGAGAAUCAUGGGGUAUCUCAGCAAUACGAAGACAACCAAAGUGGGUCGGCAGUGAUCGCAGGAGUUGCCUACGGAGGAUAUGCACGGAAGAUCGUGGACAAGUUUCUCAGACAUGUGGGUGAAGAGGAAACGUGCGGUGAUGUGCUGGUGAACCGAAGUAGCAACCAGAUGGAACAUUAUCCUCAUUUUCUCCUUCACGCUGUUUUAGAAGCGAACGUUCUUGUUGACAGUAUAAAAUGUAGUGUGAAUCAAAAUUAUCCUAUUUCGACUGUCCCGGAAUCUCACGAACACAUGUAAUACAUGUAUUUACAUCUUAUGGCUACAAAUUAUAAACACGACUGGUCUUGUAUCAAUUCUCGCAACGCUCCCUGGAGUGGACUGCAUUGGAGCACCUUGCUUCAAGCUACCUUGAAAAUGGUUAUCGUUUAUGCGCUUCAUGUGU